UUAUUAUUUGAUUGACUGUCGGAUUCCAAAAUCGGGUGGUUAGCAAGAAUAUGAUGAGUUGUAGCAAUAAGGCGAGCAACUGGUUGCAACUUAUACAUAAUAUUGUGUACAUUAUUUGAUGAAUUUUUAAUUACUGCUAAAUUGUGAUACAUUUCUAUAUUGUAGUUGAAUUAUUAGUCCAAGAGUAAAAUUUCUUUGUAAGUAUUGAAUUUGUUUUUAAUGAAAAAAUUGGAUUAUAGAAAUAUAAUUAGAUAAUGAUAACAAGGUAAUUUGUAUUUCAUAUCCACAAAUCUCAUCAAACAACAUCCAUAAUCAAAUCCAACAAGCAAACAAUAGACUUGCUCAAAUUCAUAAUGCCACCAAAUUCAUCAUAUAUCUAUGGUUUUCCAAAACUCACGUUUUACCAAACCCUUAUAUUUCAAAUCUAUGAAGCAAACGACUCGUAAAAUUUGGUUUUCAACAUAAUGCAGGAGAAGAAGGAAUAGACUAUUGAUAAUGAAUAUAAAGUUUCAUUAAUGAAGAUCAAGUUGUGUGGAGAAGAUGCUAUUGAUGGCGGAACAAUCAAAAAGAAAUUCAAAAGGAAAUUUGUAGUAAUUUCUAACAUCGAAAAGUAAAAUGAAGUGCAUUUUGAAUAUUAAGUUUUUAAGAAAUCAGUUCAUUGCAGUAGUUGUGGUGUUUUCUUUUGAUAAUAAUUAUUGUCCAUAAAUAAUCGAGAUAUUGUAAACCUUAUAUUGUAUGUUGUCUUUUUUAAUAUUUGUAGUAAUUUAAUAAUUAGAAUUCUUUCGCGGUAUCAAAUAAAUUAUGAAGGUAAUUAUUAUUAUUAUGGUGUAUUUUAUUCAUGUAAUUUAUUCGGCUAACAGACGGAACUAAAUCUAGUAAAGACAAUUCGGUGGCGUCUUAACGGAAGGACUCUUCUGUUAGUGAAAACUAGUACGAGGGCUCGCCGCUUUGGAAAAGUACAGUAAAAGGGCUCAUAUGUAAACUUUCGAUUUUAAUAGGACAAGCCUUAUUCAAUUAGUCAUCCUUUUGGAUCUCGGACGAUAUUUCGAUAUUCAAUAUUUAUACCCAAAUUAACAUCGUCUUCCGUCUUCCAACCAGGCUAGGGAUUUCAGUUUCACCUCCUCAAAUCCAUAGCAGCUCGCCGCCGGAAAGUUCAUCGCUGAUCUCCAGCUCGUCGCUUGAUCGAUUCUCUCGAUCUCGCUUCUGCCGUUCGUCUCUUAAGCUACCGAGAAAUCCAUAAGAGAACCGGUGGAGCCAGCCCUGAAGGUUAUCGCUGUUCCUCUAUUUACUUUUUAAACCCUAAUCUUCAUACGUACUGUACUUCUUGAGCUUUCUUCUUAGUAUUUCCUCCUUGUUUGUUUACUUUGGCUUUUGAAGUCCUUCCCUUGUUAAUCGCGAGGUUCUGAAUCAAAUAAUCAGAUAUGCUGUGUCUUUCUUUCCUGACUGGGUUUCUUUUUUUGUUUUUCUUUUUUGGUUCUUUGUUUUGAGUUUUUUUGCAGGUUAGAGCGCCCAUCAUGAUGAAGCCUCCAUUGAAUGAGAUUCUACCUGCAGCGAAGUCGACAGUUUCAACCGUUUACGACCACUCCAAUGAUCCAUGGUUCAAGGAAAGGUUCAGCGUGGUGGAGUCCGAGAAGUCGGUUGUCCUGAAAGGUAAGGUUGUGCCUCGUUAUUUGCAGCGUGAAGGUUUUGUGCCCAGGAAAGUUGAUGACUUCGGGGAUGGGGGCGCUUUCCCUGAGAUUCACAUUGCUCAGUACCCUCUUGAUAUGGGCAGAAAUAGAUCUGCAAAACCCGGGUCAAAAAUUCUACCAGUCACUGUCGAUGCUCAUGGCAAUGUUGCUUAUGAUGCCAUUGUCAGACAAGACGAGAAUUCAAAGAAGAUUGUUUAUUCACAGCACAAGGAUAUCAUCCCGAAGAUUUUGAAGAAUGUAGAGGAAGAAGAUGAUAUGGACGAGGAUGAGGAGUUGCAGAAAGAAAUUGAGCAGACUACUCAAGAAACCAAAGCCGCCCUAGAAAAAAUAGUGAAUGUGAGGUUGAGUGCAGCACAGCCCAAGAAUGUUCCCCAACACAAUUCGGAGUCCAAGUACAUAAAGUAUAAACCGUCCCAACAAUCUGCAGCUUUCAAUUCGGGUGCAAAUGAAAGGAUUAUCAGAAUGGUGGAGAUGCCUGUCGACCCACUCGAGCCACCAAAGUUCAAGCACAAGAGGGUCCCAAGGGCUUCUGGAUCUCCACCUGUUCCAGUAAUGCAUUCCCCUCCUAGGCCCGUGACAGUCAAAGAUCAACAGGACUGGAAAAUUCCUCCUUGCAUCUCGAAUUGGAAGAAUCCCAAGGGUUAUACGAUACCCCUUGACAAGCGUCUUGCUGCUGAUGGGAGAGGCCUGCAGGAUGUGCAGAUCAACGAUAAUUUCGCCAAGCUAUCUGAGGCACUCUAUGUUGCAGAGCAGAAGGCAAGAGAAGCAGUUGCAAUGAGAUCGAAGGUUCAGAAAGAAAUGAUGAUGAAAGAGAAAGAAAGGAAAGAGCAGGAACUCCGGGCUUUAGCUCAGAAGGCUAGAGCUGAGAGAACUGGCACUGUGGUAGCCCCCCCACCUUCUUCAAUGGCAACCCCUAUGGAUGACAUGGAUACUAGGGGGGAUUAUGAUACAGUGAGAGAGAGGCAAAAGGAUGCACCACCUAAGGAGUCAAGAGAGGAGAGGGAAGAACGCCUGAAACGGGACAAGAUCCGAGAAGAAAGGAAAAGGGAGAGAGAGAGGGAGAGAAGGCUCGAGGCCAAAGAUGCUGCCAUGGGGAAGAAGAGCAAGAUCACGAGAGAUAGGGACCGUGAUAUCAGUGAGAAGAUUGCCCUUGGCGGGGCUAAUGUCGGAAAUGGAAAAGGCGGGGGAGAAGUUAUGUAUGAUCAGAGGCUGUUCAACCAGGAGAAGGGAAUGGAUUCUGGGUUUGCCACGGAUGAUCAAUACAAUGUGUAUGAUAAAGGUUUGUUCACCGCUCAACCGACGCUCUCAACCUUGUACAAGCCGAAGAAGGAUGUGGAUGGUGAGAUGUAUGGAGGUGCAGAUGAGCAGAUGGAUAAGAUCAUGAAGACAGAGAGGUUCAAACCGGACAAGGCGUUUACUGGUACAUCGGAGAGGGCUGGCCCCAGAGACAGGCCGGUGGAAUUUGACAGGGAAGUGGAGGAGGCUGAUCCGUUUGGUCUGGAUCAGUUCUUGACUGAAGUGAAGAAGGGGAAGAAAGCUAUGGAUAAGGUUGGUGGUGGUGGGACAAUGAGAGCUAGUGGUGGGUCUUCAACCCGCGAUGGUUAUGAUGGUGGUUCUGGUAGAUCCCGCAUUGGUUUCGAGAAGGGGAAGUAAUGCUCUGGUGCUCUAGAUAUGCAGCAGCAGCUAGCUUGCUUGGUUGAACUUUUGUGGUGUACUAUUUCUGUUUGUGUUAGUUUCUGGUGUUCUAGAUAUGCAGCAGCAGCAGCAGCAGCUAGCUUGCUUGGUUGAACUUUUGUGGUGUACUAUUUCUGUUGUGUUUGUUUUUGUUUGCUUUUAGUUAUUUCAAUGGAAUGGGAGACACUGGUUUAAUGGUAAAAUCUCGAUGAACUCAUCUGCCUUCUCCUGAUUCCAUGUCUAUGUAUUCAAUAGCUUAUGUUGUUUGAUCUUGGUAUUGUGGAAUAUAUUUUGAUGUCCAGCAUGUUCUUUAGGAGAAUGGAUCAGAAUUUGAAAUUCGGUCCGUGGAGUUCGUCCGGAAUAUUCUGUGUUGCUGUAAUUUGAGGUUUGAAUUUCUCUCCACUUAUAUAUUCUGAAAUCCCCAAGUCACCUUCAUUCACUAUAGCGGGGAGGGCGGGAGGCCUGUACCCGCUCGCUCACCGCUGGUUUCUUUUCUGUCCAGCUGCCAAACGCUAGGGAAGAGGCUUUUUAUGCCAGAAAAUCAGAAAAAAGAUGAACUGUUCUUCCUCUUCUUCCAUCUCCCAUCUCUAAGAACCAUGAACCCCUAAACCGACUUGUUGGACCAAAAAUACCAAUUUAAUUGUCCAGAAUUCUUCUUAAUAUCCAAUAUUAAAUAAUAUAGUACACAUAGUAGUAGUCCAAAAAUAUUAGGUUUAAUAUACUGGCAUAGCCACAACUAUUCGCGUUUGGACAAUAAUAGCCAAAUUUUGAAAAAUACACAGAUAUAGCCAUUCCGUUAAAAAUGCUGACUGGACUAAUAUUUUUGCUGAUGUGGCGACUCAUCUUACUUUACCAUGUUGGAAAUGUUUUAUUUUUAUUAUAAUUAAUUAAAAAAAUAAAAAAAAUAAUACAGAAACUAAGAAGGAACAGAGUCACUUCUUAUACUAAAAAAACAAAAAAUUAAUAAAACAAAGAAAGGAGAUGAAAAGGCGUCUUCUUCAACUCUCUCUUUUUGUUCAUCUGAUCACCUACCCAUCUCCUUUACGACGAAUCCCUCGUUAUUCCCGAUUGAAGGACUCCUCCCGAGGACGAUGAGCAAACCCCUCCCAAUCGACGCACCCCUCCUCCGAACAACUCCUCCAUCCGACCAUAACUCUGCUUCCCCUAUUUUAUUGAUAUGCUUUUAUGCCAAACCCACAAUCAGAUCCAAGAAAGAACCCAGUUUAAUUUGCCCAUAAAACCUAGGAAAGACGAAUCUGGAAUCUCAUUGAACAAAGAAUCAGUGUUGCAUAGGGAUGUUAUGGAACCCACCAAGCUGUAUGCAAGCAAAUUGAGAAUUCGUAAAUGUAGAAGCUCCCUCUCUUCCAGCCACUAUGUUGAUCUCAAAAACCCUAUGAAACCAAAAAAUCCCAAAUAAGGAGAGAAGGAAGAAGUAGAGAAAGAGCAGGGGGACCACGUCAAGGUAGGAAUCCAUCUUCUUUUAGUCUUCGUCUUGGAUCGACGCUGGGUAUGUAGCUACUGCGACGGAAUCGGCGUAGAUGGCACUUGAGCUCAAACUAGAUUGCACGAAUCACACCCAUCUACCCUAAACAUAGAAUCAGCAUCACAAGCAGAACGUAAACACAGCGCGGACUCCAACGCGGCGACUACGCUUCCCGGCUCGCCGCCUCCUCUAUCGAUGAAAGUCCCUGUCCCCUUCCCAGGAGGCCCUCCGCAGCAGUGUCGUCCUCGACGCAGUCGGCACAGCCGUGACCACCGCCGAUGAUGGGGGAGUUCGGCGCUGCGUGUAGUGGUGAGGGUUCGUUGCCUCCUUCAUCUGCUUCUUGGAUUUCCCAUAGACGAAAACAAUUACAUAUCUGGGGAGUCUUCAUUAAACCCAUGAAAGAGGAAAGAAAAAUUAGGGGAAAAAAACAAAAUUAAAUGAUUUUU